CCUGAGGUCGGGGUGUUGCCACCGCCUCGAGUCCCCUCCUGCCCUAGUGGCCCGUGACUGUCCGGUUGCCCCUUGGGGCCUGGGAGGCUCCGUUGCCAUGUCGCUGAGAGGUCUCGUCACCAUGGGGAGCUGGUCUCUGCUAUGCCAAUGCUCCUUCUCCCCCCUCUCCACUGUCCCCCCCAGGCGGUGGGUACCGGGCACGUGUGCUCCUGCCCCACUGGCUACACGGGCACGGCCUGCGAGACGGAGCUGGGCGGCUGCGCCAGCACCCCCUGCCAGCAUGGAGCCCGCUGCCAGGAGACGCCAGGGCAGGGGGUGGCGUGUAGCUGCCCGCCUGGCCUCAGCGGGCCCUUCUGCGAGGUCUGGCUGGAUCUCUGCUCCCCGAACCCCUGCCCCAGAGGGGCUUCAUGCCUGGGUGGGGCAGGCAGCUACGUGUGCUCCUGCCCGGAGGGGGGCUGCACAGAGGCCGCCGGCCAGACCCUGCUCUAUGCCCUGCUGCCCCUGGUGCUGUUGCCUCUCCUGGCCGCCCUGCUCUGCGCCCCCCUGGCACUGUGGACCCGCCGGAAAGGCCGGGCGCUGCCCCCGCAGGAGCUGCUGGCCAACAACGCCCCACACCUCAUCCACAAUGCCACCCGGGAGGACCACGGCCAGCCCCUGGACAAGGGGGGGCUGCCCUUCCCCCCGCCCCGCGGCCUCCCCAAGACGGACAUCUCCAACCUGGAGAGAGCCAAGCUCAACGGACUCAACGUGCCGGCCAGCCUGGAGCCCAAGCUCUGAUCCAGCGUGGGGGGAGAGCGGGCUGGACCCACGUUGCCCCCCCAUGCCGCGGUAUAAGGGGACCGGGGUGGGGCUCGGCCCUGCACUGGGGACCCUCAUGCCCCCUGAUUCCCCCCAGCUCUGCUAAAGCACCUUAACCGCCCCUCCGUGCCAGGGGGGCACAUUCGCUCUCCUCGCCCCACCAGGCCAGCGUGGGUCAAACCCAGAGGGGCGCCCCCUGGAGGGGGGGUAAUUCAGAUCAGCCAGCUGAGGCUGCCCCAGUUCAUCACACAGGUGGAAGCUCGCCCGGGAAGGGGAACCGGAUGCCCGUGGUAGUUGGGUCACCACCUCGAAGGAGCCUGGCCUGCCAGCGAUCUGCAGCCGGGGGUGGGCGCUGUCCCCCUGCCAGCUGCUCCAGCGCAAGGUAACAGGCUGGCUGGCGAGGAUUCCCUGCGUUGGCCAGUGAGCUGCAUGAUGGAAGUGGAAUGGGCACAAGGGAAACUCAACUGGUAUAUUGUGGGCAACUGGCUGGCUUGGGGGACGGGACACGGGGCCUUUCCCCUCUAGAGGCGCCAGCUCCGUUCCCCCUGAAAUUCAUUCCUAUUGUCAGCGUGAAGCAAGUUGGCAGGACUCAGCCCUGUUCCUAGCGGGACCAGUCUCCACAUCCCUCCUGUUCAGCCCUCACUCCGGUGUCUGUGCUCCAUGAACGGAGACCAGAUCUGCCCACUCCCAGGAGCUCCGAGCCGCACCAUCCACCCCCGCCCAUCACCCAGCCCAGCCCCGUCUGCUUCUGUUCUGAGAAGUGCGUUGGUCCCGCGCUAGACCCCUCUGUCUUCGAGCCACCCACCUGGGAAGGAGUAGCUGGGGCUGGAGGGAAAAUUUCCAUCUAAAUCGUUUUUCUCUAGAGGAAAUUGGAUUUUCAACCAAAGGAAAUUUGUCUUGAAAAGCACCUGCCAGGAAAGAUGCCACAAAAAUUAAACACCCAGACACCAAAAUAUUUCAAUUUAGAUGUGGCACCCCAGUUCCUCAUGGGAGUCGUAGUUCAGUUGCAUCAUGCUUCUCUUCUCUAUGGGCUGGGCUUUGCGAUUGGAAUAUAUUUCCCAUGAUGCACCAUGGCCUGGGACUCCCUUAGUGCAUCAUAGGAGAGGUAGUACAACGACUACAGAGAAGGGAGCAUGAGGCAACGGGAACUACAUCUCCCAUGAUGCACCACAGAGUCCCUUCAUGGAGAGGCAGUUGCAUCUGAGGAGCCCCUGGCUAUGGUGUGUCAUGGGAGAUGGAGUCUGGCUGGGGAGCCUGGAGAAUAGAGAUUGAGAGCUUAUGGCACUUGGACUAUAUCUCCCAUGAUGCACUAUGACCUCUCCUCUUGGCCAGGUGGUUGCAUCAUGGGGAAUCUGUUGCCAUGAUGCAUCAUGGGAGAUAUAGUCCAGUUGGGGAGCCCAGGCCAUAGAGGUAAAUAGGAGCAUGUAGCAACAGAACUACAUCUCCCAUGAUGCACCGCAGCAACAUUUCCAAAUCACGCUAUUGCAGUAUUUGGAGUUUCUGCCAGAAAUCAACAUUUUCCAUGGGAAACCCCCCCCCCAUUUUCAAUCAGCUCUUUAUCUAGGGGACCCCUUGGAGAUUCCCCAGCCCCACCCUGACAUACACACACACGGCCUCCCUUGCCUUCCUACCAGGCCUGUGAUUAGGAAAAAUAAAUUAUUCUGUCCCAGAGUCAAGGCGCAUCCCCCAGCAUUGAGGGGAGGGGGGGUGUACUGCAGCACCCCCUGGUGGCAGGUGUGUACAUGUGCUGAAUGUAUCUAUGUUGUAUGAUAUGUACAGAUUCCUUCGUAGAGUUUUUGUGACCUCUUUGCUUUUUUGUACCAGGUUCUAUCCCGCCCCCCGGCGUGAGACGAGCUCGCUCAGGGUGAACAGUGUGAACCACGAAUAAAUAUUUUCCAAGCCUCA